AUGAUAUAUAGCCAGCCUGACGCCACGAGACCUCCUCUGGGGGUGUAUACUCUGGCUGCGCCAAUCGAGACCUCAAAAGGAGCCUCGCCACCUGGUGCAGAUGACGGCCACUUUCAUAUGAAGCUUGACCCUCGCAUUCAUUGGCCGCAUAAUCGCAGCGACCAGUGGUACACGUCGAAGAUGGAGGAAAUCAAAGCCCGAGGUGGUCGUAAGGCAAACUUCGGCAAAGCAGCCAAGCGCAUGCGACAGCAGCGCCUGGCAGAAGAGCGCCAGGAAGAGGAAGAUAAGUUGGUCGUCGCGGGAGGCGGGCCACGGCCGUGGUCACACCAUAGACACAUGGACUUCGGCGAUGUCCCUGAAGAUGAGUUGCCAAUCUAUGUCCGCAGAAAUGAGGAGUGGGUGCGGGGAGCGGCCUGGAUGCGCAAGAUGCAUGAAGAGAGUCGGCGGAGGGAUGCUUGUCGUGCCGCUGAGCUCUUCAAGGAGCAUCUCGCCUCAAAUGGUCGGUAA